AUUCCUUUCGACAAGGAUUCACCUUCACCCCCAAAUCAAAUGCAAUGAACGCGCUUACAACCUGGUAUCGCUUGUUGUUUUCCAAUCAAUUCUAGAAUUUUCAGUUCAUUCUUCCACUUCAACUUCCAGAUCCAAAAACAAACCCUAAAUUCUAUUCAACGUUCAUCGCCUCAAUUUACUCCAAUUGCUUAUUCCAAUUAUCACAAAUCAAGUAAAGAAUUCCAUCGCUCUAUGCUUUUGUAUUGAUCGUUUAAUCACUUAGAAAGUUGAAACUGUAGAAUAGUUUUUUUUUUUUCUUUUCAUUUUGCUGCAUUCGAAUCUGAUUAUUGGAACGAAAGCGAUGGCAAGAUAUGGAAUAUAAUACUGUUUAGAUUGGAUUACCUAUGAUCGAUGGCUUCGAUUCGGAGAACACUUUCGCCGUAUCAGGAUCGUUCGCAUCAAAAUGGAGGGAAUGUUAGUCCGUUUUCAGUGAAUUCACCCUCGCAUAAGCUUAAUUCCACCAGUAGAUUCGCCUUGGGAGUUCGGAGAUUUAUAGGAGGUGAAAAACAUAGUCUUCCUCGGAAAGGUUUUCGAACGUGGAAGAGAUCGAUUUAUAGUUGCUUAUCGUUUUUCUUGGUAGGGUUUUUGUUAGGUUUGGCACCGUUUGGGGAAUUCGAAGAUGUUAGGACUCCCGAUUUUUCAUUUGAAGUCAACCGCCCUCCGAUCCUAGAUGUGAAGGAGGAUAUUGUGGUAGAUAAGGUGGAGUUAGCUGUUGUGAAAAGAGAAAACGUGAAGGAGAGGUUUGAUUAUGUUGCUAGGAAACAGGUCAUUGUUGUGACACCAACUUAUAAUCGAGCUCUUCAGGCUUAUUAUUUGAAUAGACUGGGUCAAGUUCUUAGGCUUGUACCUCCUCCAGUUCUUUGGAUUGUUGUGGAGAUGAAUGUGGCUUCUACAGAAACUGCAGAUAUUCUUAGGGGAAUGGGAAUUAUGUAUCGGCAUUUGGUAUGCACCAAGAAUCUUACCAAUAUAAAGGAUAGAGGUGUUCACCAGCGGAAUACAGCACUUGAACACAUUGAGCACCAUAAGCUUGAUGGAAUCGUCUAUUUUGCAGAUGAUGAUAAUAUCUAUUCACUUGAAUUGUUCGAUACUUUGAGAGAAAUCAGCCGUUUUGGCACAUGGCCAGUUGCAAUGCUUGCACAGAGCAAAAACAAGGCAGUUUUGGAAGGUCCUGUAUGCAAUGGCAGCCAUGUAAUUGGAUGGCAUACAAAUGAAAAAAGUAAAAAACUUCGAAGAUUUCAUGUUGAUAUGUCAGGAUUUGCAUUCAACAGCACCAUCUUGUGGGACCCAAAGAGAUGGCAAAAACCCAUUGCACCUUCAAUUCGUCAAUUAGACACCAUUAAAGAGGGAUUCCAAGAGACUACUUUUAUAGAACAGUUGGUGGAAGAUGAGAGUCAAAUGGAAGGUACCCCAUUUGGGUGUUCUAAAAUCUUGAAUUGGCAUCUUCAUUUGGAAGCUCGUGAAGUGGGGUACCCUAGAGGCUGGUUGCUUCAGAAGAAUCUUGAUGCUGUUCUCCCUAUUGAGUAAAAGGCAAUGAAUGUCACCUCGAAAAAGGAGCCGGAAAGAGUUAUCAGUUUCCACAAAGAAAAGCAGCUCUGCCUUUUUUAUAGAAGCAGUGCAAAGAAGGAAGGGAGACAAAAGGACACACAUUAUUUCAAAUUUGGUAUUAAGUUCUGUUUCUGUAUGAUGCUUAUUCUUUUACUAUAUGAGAGGGGCAAUUGCCUUUUUGUGAAAAUUCUUUUUUUUUUCUUUUUUUUUUUGGAAGAUGGGUAUCUUGAAAUGUGGUAGAGUUGUUUUGUUUUUGUACUUAAAAAAAAUGUAGACUUUUGAAAUCUUGUUAAUUCAGUAUACUUUCUUUA